CGAAAAAAAUAUACAUAAAGACCGGAGGGAAAUCUCUCUCUCUCUCUCUCUUAAGUCUCUCAUGUGUCGACGACUGUCGAGGGUAGAGUGAUUAGAGAGAAAACGAAGAGAAGCAAGUGCGAGCGCGACCGAGGCAAAGCGAGAGGGAGGAGAAGAAGAAGCAGGGAAGGAAGCAAUUAUGUCAGGAGGGAUCGCUCGUGGUCGUCUUGCAGAGGAGAGGAAAGCGUGGCGUAGGAAUCAUCCCCAUGGCUUUGUUGCUAAGCCAGAGACGUUGACGGAUGGGUCUGUGAACUUGAUGGUCUGGCAUUGUACCAUCCCUGGUAAGACAGGGACUGACUGGGAAGGUGGUUACUUUCCAAUUACACUCCACUUCAGUGAGGACUACCCUAGCAAGCCACCCAAGUGCAAGUUCCCUCAAGGUUUCUUCCAUCCCAAUGUUUACCCUUCAGGAACUGUUUGUUUAUCGAUUCUCAAUGAGGAUAGUGGUUGGAGACCCGCGAUCACAGUGAAGCAAAUUCUUGUUGGCAUACAGGAUUUGCUGGACCAGCCAAACCCUGCUGAUCCUGCCCAGACAGAUGGAUAUCACCUCUUCAUCCAGGAGCCGACUGAGUACAAGAGAAGGGUUAGACAACAAGCUAAGCAAUACCCAGCUCUUGUCUGAUGCCAUCCAUACCUGACCUGCUGUUCUUUUGGAAACCAUUAGUGCAUUUGCCAGUACUCUUGUGUAUGUGUAGGCUGCAUGGUAGAUUCUCGAUUGGUAAGGAAGAACUCUUAUUUGUCAAUUGUCUUAAUAUGGCAUUAUGCCGAUUUGAAUACUAGAAGUACUUAAUUGAUAUUUUGGGCGGUAGGGACACUGUAUAUGCCCUGUUAUCGAAGACUUUCAUGCUUUGAUUAUUGCUUGUAAGAUUCUCUUAUUUUUCUUAUUUUGAACAAAGAAUGAGAAAACUGAUACUUGUGCGAAAUAUGUCAAAUAGUAAAAUCCGACAUCUGAGUUCUGGAUGGUUUUGUAAUAAAUUACCACUCUUUUGUGA